AUGGAGUCAUCAUCGCCAAGAAUAAAAAACGAUGGGCAUCAAUCAUUCGUUAGUGGUAGCACUGUUGAGCAACAACAGUAUGCUCGACAUUUUGCUAAUCAAAUUGUACCAGAUGUUGAUAUAAUGAUUGUAGAAGGUCGUAUUCAUAAUCCACAAACCAUAAUGCCAACAUCUGUACCAGGUUUUGUUCAAAUUCAAUUUGAUGGUGUUGAACGUUUAGGCGGAUUAUCUUUAUUUGAAGUAAAACAUAACUCGGAUGAUAUAGCAUGUUUAAAUGGUUUAAAAAUGAAACAAAAUCUAACAAAAACAGUACAAUCCCACAUGAUACCACAAAAUGCAACGACAAUCACAAUCACUGGUGAAACUAAUUCGGAAUCUGCAAGUGCAGCUAGAACGAUAGUUACAAAUACAAUCAAUAUUGACCAAAUAUUUAUGGAAAUAUUAGAUGUAAUUGAAAUACAACAAAAAGCGUUCAAUUUUGUGGAAAUGAAAAACAAAUAUAAAUUAUUUGGUCCAAAAUUUCAAGAAUUUACAUUAACAAAAGUAUUUCCAGUUCAUGAACCAGUGAUUGAAAAGGGUGAUGAAUAUAGUAUUAACGAUCUGAUCCACCUUGCUGGUCCAGCUUACGAUCACCGUCUACCCAAAAUAUUACGACAACGUCUUGAAUUAAUUCUUAAUUUCUAUGAUAAAUAUCAACAUUUAGGUAACCCAAAAAUAUUUAAAAAUUGUUUUCAGAAUGCUAGUCAACAAAUGCCAAAAGAAACUGAUAAUGUACCCUGUUUACAAUUGAAAUUUUGGCCAAAGGAUAUUCAACCAUUUCUUAAGCGUUUCGAAGUUAAUCGACCACAACUAUAUGAAAAAAUAAUUCGAAAUUCAUCGAUGCAUGUGAUACCAAAAUGGUCAACAAAAACACCCAAAAUUGACCAAGAUAUUGAAUUUCGUUAUUCAUUUUCAGCUAUUGAACGUUUAUUGGCCGAACAUCGAAAUAAAAAUGAACAGAUAUUAAAUGGUAUAGCACGUUCGAUUUAUUUUAGAUAUCUAAAAGCUGUUCCAGUAAUAAUUCCAUCAUAUUUUGUUAAAACAACCGUCUUAUGGAUGUGUGAAACUCAGGAUUUAAGUACGAUAAAUGAUCCGCGUCAAAUAGCGCAUGCAUGGAUUAAAUUUGCUUGUCAACAGCUGCGUCAGUAUUCAUGUGAACAUUACUUUAUUGAUAAGUUCAAUAUUUUGGCACCAUAUUCUCACCAGCAGUUAGAUGAUGCACGCCAAAUAUUGGAACAGGGUGUCAAUUUGGAUAAAUUGGUACAAUUCAGUAUAUUAAGUGAAAAACAACAAAUGGUUGCAGAACAUAAUCAGGAAAUAGAAUCAUUUAUUCGACAAUUGAAAGUAACAUAUUUUUUUCAAGAUCUUGAAGAUUAUCGUUUAUUAAAGAAAUCUUGGGAUCAUACUGUUAUUGAUGAGAGAAACGAACUUUACCAAUGUUUGUUAAUUAUCAACAGUUUACGUUACGUCGAUGGUGAAAAUAAUAAACAAAACUGGCGUAAAUUUCGUCAGAUAUUUAUUGAGCAAGAAAAAACAUGUACCAAUGAACCGCUGUUUGGUGAGAUGACAACAAGUCCUUCAUGUCCACCAUCUGAAUUCGCUCAAUGCAUUAUGUUUCUUGGCAGUUUCUUAAAAGAUCUUAGCAGUACAUUCAAUGAUCCUUCAGUACAGGUUGAUCGACCAUACGAAUAUCAUCCAUUCGAUUUAGAUGGCUUUAGAAAUGUUGAAAAAGAUGUGUUAAAUCCAGUGAACUUUUUACAUAAUACAAUAGCAUCCAGUUUACCAGAAUAUAUGCAACCAUUAUUUGCUAAAGAACAAGAUCUACAAACAUCGACGGGUUUACAGUACGCAGAACGAAAUCUAUUGGAUUGUCAUCCGAAUGGACCUCUUUUGACCAUGGAAUCCAAUCAGUACCCUGACAUAUUUUCAUCAAAUUAUUUGAUAACACUUUUAGAGACUGCCACUGAUGCCGAUCAGACAAUCGAUGAUUUGAUUACUUUUCAGCAACAUGAAGUUGAUGAUGAGAGUUUGCUUUCUCAAGCUAUAGAAUUAUCUUUAAUAGAUAAUGAACACCACCAGUCAGAGAUGGGCAAGUCCACUACCAAGUGA